GCCGACAGAACUCAAGCCUGCAGUCACUUACUUUACCGAUGAGUUUAUUCUUACUCUUAAAAGCUCGGCAAACCUGCAGCCUUCACCAACCAUCAUGUCUCCGCUCAUCGAGUACCCCCAGUUCGUCUCGGACCAUGGGGCGCAUCUGUACGAGGCGUUGUCCUACGUCUGGGGCGACUCGGACGAGCCCUAUACUGUCUCUAUGAACGGGUGUGACUUCGCUGUCACGGCAAAUCUCCACGCUGCAUUACUGCGUCUCCGAGACGCAGUCUUUGAGCGCAUCUUGUGGGUUGAUGCCAUUUGCAUCAACCAGACGGACGACAAGGAGAAGGAAAGCCAGAUCGGUUACAUGGCCGAGAUCUACAGCAAAGCGAGUCGCGUCAUAGUUUGGCUUGGGGAGGCCGGGCACGACCGCGGCGACAGGGCGCUGGACAAGAUUCGCCGGAUUGCCGCUUCGGUAGCAGACGACACUCCCGACCACGAGGGUUUGCCAGCCAAACGAAUGGUUGCGCUACUUCGGCGGCCGUGGUUCGAGCGUAUCUGGGUGCUCCAGGAGGCUGCCGCUGCUCGAGACAUUGUCAUCAGGUGUGGAUCCGCCGAGAUCGAUGGUUAUGCUUUCAGCGUAGCCCUCAUCUCACCGUCGUUCAACUACGUAUACAAAGCCUCGCCAGACCUCCGGAGUCUGCUCGGCCCAGUAACCUUCUUGAUCCGAGGGGCCGCCUUUCGUUCAAGAGGCGUGGCCACCCCAGGCCGGCCGGGUCAGGUCUCUCUGGGAAUUCGACCCCUGGGCGAGCUCAUCGACAUGUACCAUUCCCGCAAGGCCACUGUCCGCCACGACAAGGUGUUUGCCCUCCUGGGUAUGAGUUCUGACCACCCAGAUCUACUGGCUGACAUAUUACCCAACUACGACGUCGCUUGGGAGACACUACUGAAGCGUCUGGCGGGGCUCCUGCUCGGGAAGCAAGUAUCUGUCCAGACGUGGCCCGACACAGAGAUGGCUGUUAUCAGGGGAAAGGGGUCCGUCCUCGGCUUCGUAUCGGCGGUAUCGAGCCAUCACGACAUGGACGAUCGAAUGCGCACGGUUAUCGACAUCAAAAGAUCCAUGACGUCGGACCAGCACUGGGGCGACAAUAGGGGCUGGACUCUCCAGCCAUCCGCGAAAUCGGUUCAGGAGGGUGACCUCGUUUGCCUGCUGCGCGGGGCUACAAAGCCGACGAUUGUCAGGUUGUGCGGAGACUUCGUUUCUGUCAUCAUUAUUACAGCUCCUGUUCCGUUGCCCGACGAGCCGAUAGUGGACUUUGAACGCGACUUCCUACUUCUCUGGAGUUGGGAUGAGCUUGGAGACUCUGGGGACUCACACGGCGCAGAGAAGAUGGACAAAUACCUGAAACGCGGAGUCGACGAUCACCAAGACGGACUACCAGACAAAAUAUAUUCUGACAAAUCGGCCAGACUGUUGCAAGCCGCGUCAAUAUAUGAAGACGUGGGAAACUACGCCAAGGCGGAAGGAAUACUCCAAGGAGUAGUAGAAAGAUCCAAGAGAAAUCCCGGAGCAGACACCCUAACCACGCUUAAUCUCCAAAGGAAACUGGCAAUGAUGUACCAGAAGACGAGCAAAUUCGACAAGUCGAUGCAACUACUCGAUCAAAUAGCCCAGGCAAGAGCUCGACUGCAAGGCUCAAAGCACCCGGAGACAGUCCGAAGCAGGGCAGACUUGGCACCUAUGUACAGACGUAGGCGUUUACAGCCAGAAAAAUUGAAAGCUGUGGAAAUGAUACUUGGGCCAGAAGAGGUGGGAGACAAAGUGGCAGAGCUUGCAGCAUCAGUCGAUACUGACGCCGAGGUUAUGGAUAUCUUGCUCGAUCACCGAGGAAGUGAGUUUAAAAUCACACAAGACGUAGUCCUGGCGGCAGCGGCAAACUUGUGGCUAGGAGAACCGGUGAUGGAAGUCCUCCUUGCGCGGAGAGGAGACGAGAUCAAAAUUACACGGGCCGUGGUCGUAGCGGCAGCGGGGAAUCUAGGAGAAGAACGGAUGAUACGACACGUACUCGAACAUAAGGGAUGCGACAUCGAGAUUACCGAGGACGUACUCGUGGCGGCAGCGGGGAAUGAUCACCAAGGGGAGGAAGUGAUGAAAUAUCUGCUUGAAGAGGGAGAUGAGAUCAAAAUCACAGAGAAUGUUCUCGUGGCGGCAGCAGGAAACGAGAGAGAUGGCGUCAUGCAGCUCCUGCUUCGUUGGAGAGGAAAUGAAAUUGAGAUCACAGAGGGUGUUCUCAAAGCGGCUGCACGAAACCAGCAUUGUGCAGAAAGAAUGGUGAAGCUACUCGAGUCGAGCUUGCCGGAGGUGUGAUGGCGGCUGCGGCAGAGAACCUGAGAAUCUUAAUGUCCAAGUAAUAUGUGCAGCAGACGAGUUCCAAACCUAUUUUGGAAUUUGGAUGAUCUGCAUUCAAUCUGUCAUCUUUAACAGUCUAUUAAUAGCCACCCGUUUUUCUUU